AUGUUCACAAGAACACGUGUCUUGAAAGUCCACUUCUCUAAGGAAGAAGACAAACGUCUUCGUCGUCUUGUCAACGAGCAUGGAACGAGUGACUGGAAACUCAUCAGUCGCAGCAUGCCAGGUCGCAAUCAGCGCCAGUGCAAAGACAGGUGGGAGAAAUUUGUUUGUCCAAAACUUCGUAAUGGUCCAUACACGAAAGAGGAAGACGACAUGAUUCUUGAACUUCACUCUAAGCUUGGUGCUAAGUGGGUCCAAAUAUCAUCUAUGAUUCCAGGUCGUUCAGACACAUCUGUCAAGACUCGAUUCAAACUUCUUCAACGCAGGAUGAAAUCACAGACACAACAAACAUCAGACAUUGAUGACGACAAACACUUUGUCGGUUCAACAUCAAAAGAUGUGCAGAGUGAUGAAAAAUACAAAAAUAAUCAAAUCGGAGAUUUCAUGAUCGAUUUCAACCAACAAAACAUAUUCCAGAAUGACUUCGACCUUGGUGACUUUUUCAACAGUUUCGAGAUAUUCUGA